CGAACGCACGUCGUUUUUGUCUCGCGCGAAACUCAAAUCUGAAGCAAACGAAACGAACAUCCCAAAAGCACACACACACACACACAGGCACGCACGUUCACACACACACACACACACACACCGACACAGCGGCAGAGAGUGUGUGUGUGCGAGAGCGACCACUAAAAGUAAUUCCGUGUUCGAGUAAAAAGUGCAAGUGCAGAACGAAAUAAAAAGGCACCGCAGCAGCAGCAACAACAACCACAUUACAGGCACAACCCACAAAGGGGAACCCCACCCGAAAACAACUUAAUGUCCAAACGAAAUAAGUGAAAUUUUCACACAGAAAUUAAUAAAGACAUUAGUGCGUGUGGGCGUGUGGGCGUGUGGCUCAUUGGGGAAUAGAAACCAAAAACCAGAGGAGCAACUACUGCGUGAAAUGUGCGGACUGGAGCCGUACAGCCAGCACCAGCUGGCGCCCCACCAUCAGCGGAGAUCCUCUCGCUGGCUCCAGCAGAGGCAGGAGCACCACCACCACCACCAAUGCCAUCAUCAGCAGCGGCUGGAGCAACAGGCUCCGGGCAAGGGAUGCCCCCACAGACAGACCGGCUCGGGGUCGAGGUCGAGGACAGCCACCCAUUUGCAGAUUUGGUACAUUCUACAUGUGAUAUUAGUCCUAAUCGACAUUAGCAGCUCCCUGACAAUGACCGAGGUGAAGAUACCCAAUCACAUAAUGCGGCUGAAGAGCGCCACUCUGGGCUGUCGUUAUGCGCUGGACGGCGAGUCGCUGUACUCGGUGAAAUGGUACAAGGAUGGACACGAGAUCUACCGCUAUGUGCCGCGCGAUAAGCCCCCUGGACAGGCGUUCCCCCUGCCGGGAGUCAACAUCGAUCUGCGUAACUCCUCGGACACACAGAUAAUCCUGCGACGCGUAACACUCCAAAGUUCUGGACUCUACCGCUGCGAGGUGUCCGGCGAGGCGCCCGCAUUCAACACCGUCUCCGAGUCGGAGACCAUGACGGUUGUGGUGACACCCAACCAUGGCCCGAAGAUAACCGGCGGACAGCCGCGUUACCAGAUCGGAGACACUGUCCGCGUCAACUGCACCUCGUCGCCGUCCAAGCCGGUGUGCCACCUGAGCUGGCUGAUCAACGGGGAGCCGGUGCAGAAGGCCCACUUGCGGCAGUACGACAAAAUAGUGGUCAAUCGGGAUGGCCUGGAGAUGGCGCGCCUGGGCCUGGAGUUUCGCGUGCGCCCCUACCACUUCAAGCACGGGGAUAUGAAGCUAAAGUGCGUGGCCAAGAUCAGCUCGUUGUACUUGCAGAGCAACGAGGAGAGUGUGGAAAGCGAUCGCCAGCAGCGAGCACCGGCCCUGGAAUCCCGCGAAACGGUGGCGGCCAAGUCCAGCACUAUUGGUGCCGCCGGCUCAAGGCUGCCCUCCCAUGUCGUGUCGUUGCUGCCACCAAUUCUGCUGCUGCUGCUGCUCCGGGCCUGGCCCUGGUCCAGGGCGAGUUAACUAUCUGCGGCCCCAGCUGAGACUCUGAACAGUAAACAGGAAAGAUACAUAUAAACUAUUUAGCACAGCAGCAGUCGAGUCCUAGUGGAAAAAACGCGGAAAAGCAAACAUAUCCUAUGCCAAAAUCUCAAAGAAAAAAUGAUUAAGUAAAUCCUUGAUAUCGAAAUUCAAUUGAUGUUUGUGUGCGUGUGUGUGAAUGGAAAUGCAAGGAAAAUUCGCAGGAAAAACUACUCAAAUCGAGCAUUUAAGCAGAGGCUAAGAAACUGUACAUAAAUAUGCAUAAUUUUAGGCAAAGAAAUCGUUUUUUUUAGGAAAAAAAAACAAAAAAAAAAACUAAACAAACUUGAAACAAGAUAACAUAAAUACAUUCGUUAAUCUUUUGUGAUAUUUUCUUGAUUUUGAAAAGGAGGGAAAUAAAAUAAUAUACCUGUAGAAAAUUUGACCUAUUUUCUCCAAUCCAUUCCAUUCCGCUCAUUCCUUUGUAUUUUAUCGAAACCUUUUUCGGGCAUAUCAGAAGCGUCUAACAUUUCAAUUGUAAAAAAUACCUACUUGCACAUUUAUGAUCUAUGAUCUACAUACGAUAUCACAUCCAAAACUAACCCAAAAAUGAGCAGAAACUUUGCAUUUACUUCUAAGAGCAACUAACUUAAGAACCUAAGCAAAUGUAAGAAAAAAUUGUAAAGCCACGAAAUCGAAACUAAUUUUAAUUCAAUAAAAUAUCAAAAUACACAAAAUACAACAAAUUCUACAAAGAAACCAAGCAAAUAUAUAGUUAAAUUUGAUCGGAAAGCUGUAAAUAGGCCGUGAAAAGAGGCAUUCCUUGGUAAAAGUAGAAGUGUUUCCGAAUCUGAAUGUAUUAUGUCUAAGGGGUGUAUCUCUGAAUGUAUUUGAAUCAAUCAAUGCCAAGCUGCGGGUUUCUUUAGUACGAAACUUGUGAUUAAAUUUGGUAAAAAUUCGCCAAAGGUUAGUCGGGGACCCACCUCUUGAGGCUAUGGUCUUUUCAUUGAAAAGGGACACCCAUUGAAAUAAUUAUUAAAAACAAAAUUAAGGAUUGAUCUCACAGAGGUAAAGCCUAAUUCUAUCAUGGAAUACAGAUACCCAAACUUUCGGACAGACUUUUGUGGAUUCAUUUCAAAUGUUUUCCAUUUAAAUAUUCUGUAAAAAAUUCUUAGAGUAAAUAUUUUUGAAGAAAAAUGAACUUGAAAAGGAUUGUAUUUAAAUUCAAGCUUAAGAAAAUAUCUUGGGAUAUGUCAAACUUUUUUUUCUAUAUAUUUUAACCUUUUGAAAAGGCCUUAAGCUCCUCUUGACCACCACUUUGAGAGCUGUCAGCUCUGAAUGAUAGAACCUUCUAUAACAAGUCUCCCCUGUUCAAAGAACUUUAAGAUCUGUCAGCUCUGAGUGGUAGAACCUUCUAUUAGGUUCUGUCUGUCUCCCCUGUUCAAAGAUCUUCAAUCAAUAGCCACAACAAUGUCUUGUAUAAGAAAAAGUUCAACGACUGGGCUACCCUUUAAUGAUGGUUUUUUCUGUUCCGCGCUGAGUCAGGCCCUCUGAAAAAUGUUGGCAUAAACUUAUCCCUUGAGAAAUUAGCCACAUGCAUGAUACUAAUCCUUUGGCUUAUGCUAAUUUAUCUAGAGCUGAGUCAGAGGACCCCAGGGGUCCGUUUAUGCCCAAAAAAUGGUGAAAAUUGACACAGACAUGCAAGGGGCGAAAAUGCGCAACAAACCGCAUUAAAUGCAUACAAGUCCAAGCCAACAAAAAAUGGCCAAAAGCCAGCCAGUUCAUGACUCAUG